UGGGGCUCAGGGUGGGAGGGGAAAGGGGCCCUGACCCCCGGAAAGCCCUCCUUGCCAGGUGCUGGGAGAGGGUCAGGUAAGAGCCAGGCUGUAUGUGUUUGGGGGGGGGGGAAUGGAGUCAGGUACAGGGGAGAGCAGGGAAGUGGGUUUGAGAAAGGACUGACAGGACAGAGAAGAGGAUGCAGGACCGGCCUCCUCCAACCAUCUUCAUCCCCCGAAAUUCAGCCUUCUAGAAAGAAUGAAGUGAGCACAGUGCCCUCGGCUGGAGGUCAAGGAAACUGAGUUCUGAUUUUUAAUCCUAGCUCUAGCACUAACGAGUUGGGUGACCUUGGGGGAGUAUCUUCCCUCUCUGAGCCCUCAUUUCUUCAUCAAGAAAUUCUUCAGAAAGAAAGUCAACUGCACAAUCUCUGAGGCCCUGAGCUGUGGGUGUGGGAAGCAGACACACAGGCCACACGGGGCUGGGGAACUGCAGGCAGCCUACCUGCUCCCAGCCACCUAACCACCCCUGCAUUCCUGGACCGACUGGAAGGGAAAGAAUUCAUUCAUCCCUGCACUCCUGGGCACCUGCAUCCAUAAACAAGAACCAGGAAUGAAUAAACGAAUAAAGAAAUCGAAGAUAUAGCGGAAGAAAUGAAUGAACCCAUGGAAUUAAUGAAUGGAAUGAAGAAAGGCGAAGAGAGAGAAUGAAUGAAUGCAGAGUUCAUCACCGCAGGCGUGAGUCAGACGGUAACCAUGACUCCGGCCUACGCAAGCGCAGGUCCGGGGGAUUCCGGAGGGGCGGGAUCUCGGCCCGGAAGCGCCGUCGGGGGCGUGACGGGGGCGUGACCAGCACGGCUGGGGCGGGGAGCAGUCAGCGAGGUGGACUCGGUGGAGCUCGGCGCCCUCGCCGCCGCCGGCGGACGGCGACCGAGAAGGGGCCGGCGACAUGUCGGAAGCGCGCAAGGACCCGGCCGAGGCGGACGACGGCCAGUGCGACUCGGGCAUCGAGUCGCUGCGCUCCCUGCGCUCGCUACCUGAGCCCGGCCCGGCGACCCCGGGCGACGCCAAGGAGGACGCGGAGGGCGAGCGCGCCUACUCGGCCUACGACUCCGUCUCGCUCACUGAGCCCCUGCCCCUACCCGGGGUCCCCGAGCCCGAGCACCCCGGCCCCUGCUCGCCGCUGCCCCCUACGGGGCCCUUGAGCGCCCAGCAACUUGAAGCGCUCACUUACAUCUCCGAGGACGGCGACACGCUGGUCCACCUGGCAGUGAUCCAUGAGGCCCCCGAUGUGCUGCUCUGCUGCCUGGCCUUGCUGCCCCAGGAGGUCCUGGACAUUCAGAACAACCUCUAUCAGACUGCUCUGCACCUGGCUGUGCAUCUGGAUCAGCCAGGUGCGGUUCGGGCCCUGGUGCUGAAGGGGGCCAGCCUGGCGCUGCAGGACCGGCAUGGUGACACAGCCCUGCAUGUGGCCUGCCAGCGCCAGCAUCUGGCCUGUGCGCACUGCCUGCUGGAGGGGCAGCCAGAGCCAGGCCGAAGACCAGCUCACCCCCAGGACCUCCAGCUGCAGAACUGGCAAGGCCUGGCCUGCCUCCACAUCGCCACCCUGCAGAGGAACCAGCCACUCAUGGAGCUACUACUGCAGAACGGGGCAGACAUCGAUGUCCAGGAGGGCACCAGUGGGAAGACAGCCCUGCACCUGGCCGUGGAAACCCAGGAGCGGGGCCUGGUGCAGUUCCUGCUGCAAGCGGGUGCCCAGGUGGAUGCCCGCAUGCUCAACGGCUGUACACCGCUGCACCUGGCAGCCGGCCGUGGGCUGGGCAGCAUCUCGUCCACGCUAUGCCAGGCUGGUGCCGAUGCCCUGCUGCUGAACGUGGAGGAUGAGACACCUCAGGACCUGGCUGAGGAUGUAAGACGUGCAUGCUCUGCCCUGCUCUAUGGGCCUCCCAUGCCCAUAGCUGAGCCGCUCACUGUCCUGCCUUUCGAUGACCUGAAGAUCUCAGGGAAGCCACUGCUGUGCGCCGACUGAAGCCAGGCAGGCCUGGGGGGUUGGGAGCCGCACCUGCUGCAGCCUGGACCCAGGGUGGCUGUCCUUCCAGGGCCAGUCCUAGGGGCUGAGGCCCAAGCCUAGGACAGGACAGUCCUGAGCUGAGGAGUCUGGAAGGAGAGCUCCCCGUGGACUGGACGCCCAAAGCCCAAGAUGUCCUGGUGAAGCCUGUGUGCCCCUUGGAGAUGGCAGGGGCUGUCAUUUCCGCCAACAUUGGCCAGCCGGCAGGUGCCAUCUGGGGAGAAGGCCUGGCUACUCCCGAGUGAUAAGAGACUGAAACAGCAAAGCAGGGCCCCCAGGGGUCCCACCUUCCUGCUGUUGAGAAUUCAAGAAGCCUGGCCUGCAUGGUGGCGCGUGCCUGUAAUCCCAGCUGCCAGAGAGGCUGAGGCAAGAGAAUCACAAGUUCAAGUCCUGAAUGGGCACUUUAGUGAGACCCUGUCUCAAAAAAAAAAAAAGGGCUGGGCUGUGUAGCUCAGGGGUGGAUCACCCCUGGGUUGGACCCCAGUACUGGAGAGAAAAAAAAUGAAAACACUGUUGUCUAAAACUACACAGAGGACCCUGUACAGAGCCUUUGGUGGAGGGAUACUGCAAUAAUGACACUAAAAUAUUAGCAAAGACUUGAAAGUU